AUGUCGUGUACAGAGCCCUGUUCGUGUCUGCGCGGUAUAGAUUAUUAUGGGGUAUUAUCGCUAAAAAAAAAUUGCGACGAUUUGGAGAUAAAAGCAGCAUUUCGGCGUUUGGCGAUACGAUACAAUCCCAUACGGGCAAAGGAUGAAAGUUUGUGGCCCAUAUUCUCGUUGGUGGCUGAAGCAUACGAUGUGCUUUCGGAUCCUCUUAAACGAGCCAUAUACGAUCAGUUCGGCGAGGAAGGCCUUAAAAAUGGCGUGCCCGGUGUCGAAGGAUUUAUCCAACCGUACAUCUAUCAUGGUGAACCAAUGAGAACGUACAGGGAAUUCUUCGGUACGGAGAGUCCUUAUGCUGAUCUGUUCCAUGUACUAACACAACCUCCUUCCGUGCUCGAAUUUCCCGAGGGGCGGGGUUUAAAACGCAAGGAAGAGCCUCUGAUAAAAACCUUGUAUCUAACCCUACUGGAGGUUCUUCUUGGAGGCAUUAAAAAGAUGAAAAUACAACGAUUAGUUUUGGUAGGGGAUGAAAAAUCUACGACGGUGACGAAAGAGAAAAUUUUAACGAUACCUAUUAAACCGGGUAUGCCGACAGGAACGAGGAUUAUAUUCCCGGAAGAAGGCGAUCAAGGACCUACGAAGAUUCCUGGUAAAUUGUUACAUCAGUUAACUUGUAAAAGAUAUUGA